UUGCAGUACAAUACAGUAUUCAGAGAAUACUGUAUAAAAACAGUACUUACUAAUACCUUUAUAGCCAUUCAUUGGAAUUCAUGAAAAUCUUUUAGAUGAGGUUUUCGAAAUGUCAUGAUGUUUUGCACGUCAACACAAAUGUACUGCUGUUUGUUAGGUCAGUUACAUAUUAAGCCUUUCAGUUCGUAUCAGAACAGAAAUGCAAACCUAACUGGGUAACCUUCGUAAUUUGCUUUCAUUGCUUGGCGGGCUGCGAAAGUAAUUUGUUUAUUUCCCUCGUGCAACCUUCAGGACACAAGCGUGGCUUUGUGAUAGGGAAUAAAUAGUCAGGAUUUGCAUUCUGCAUUAUGAAAAUGUUACCAAUGGAUGUAAAUCAUCGCCGGACGCUUGCUGCGAAGCUUCUGUUUUAUGGGAUAUUCCUCAGCAACCACAUAAGUGAGGGUGUUUUCACAGGUCCAAAUGGAGACUGCACACCCAAGAAUACCCUCUUUAUCAGUAAUGAAACACUAACUCAACAAUAUUUUCCAUCACAAACUAUCUACCGAGAGGUCAACGGACCUAAACUCUGUUUCAACAUCCAGCCAAACAAUAGCCUUGCAGAUUGUUGUAGCGAAAACAAUUUCACCUGUAGCCUUAAAGUAAAAGGAGCCGGACCAGGCAAAUACAUCCUAAAUGCAACUGAAGAGAUUUUAUCUAAGCAAGAUAUUGUGGUGAUGAAGAAGCCACAGUAUGAUUAUUCGUGUAUGCCAUCACAGGUCUACAGCAAAAGCAGCCCCGGUUUUCUUUAUAACAUCAACCGCUGCUUGAAUGAAAGUUCCAAAAGCAUUAGAGUGAAUGCUGACAGUUGUUUAGAUAAUGAAACCAAUACCAGAGUGACUUGCAAAGAUGUAACAGAAACACACUACGUUAUCUUUGACAAUAAAACAUGUGUGUUAUGUAAGAAACCAGUCUUGAAAAGUCUAGACAAAGAGAUUAAUUAUACCCUGGAGAAAAUUCCUACCAGCCCAGACAAAGCAAAAGAUGCCAUGAAUGUUCUAUCAAGCUUGUUUAAAGAGCUGGGUAACGCCAGCACAGCAGCAGUGAAAAUGGGCAACAUUACAGGACUGAUUGCCAAACUGCCCCAGGAAAACCAAACCAACAUGAACUUUGUCUUCACAAAAAACUCUGGAGUAAAUUCUGUUGAAGAAGAAAACAGCAAUUCUUUGACGGGCCCAUUUCGUUUAAUGAAAAUUCCUAAAGAGGCCAGUAAAAUGGCGGUGGAGGGAAAUGGAUCAUUUCUUGGGAUUCUGCUCUUUCCAGAAAUGCAUGCGGAUGACAGCAGUAAAUACUAUUUAAACAGUGAGAUAGUGGGAAUAGAAAUGGGGGCAAAAAUACAAAACCUUUCACAACCCAUCGAGAUUCAGUACAGUAAUGUGGACAAGAAAGGAGCGAAUGCUUCUUGCAUGUCUUGGGAUGGAAACAGCACAGAUGCAAACGGGAAAUCACUCUGGAUCACAGAUGGCUGUCAAACAGUGGAGACCAAUAACAGCAUCACCUGCCAGUGCACACAUCUAACCUUUUUUGCCAUACUCAUGUCACCUCCACCUGCAAACAUUAGCACUUCUGAUGUUAAUACUCUGACCUACAUCACUUCAAUCGGUUGUGGACUGUCGCUGUUUUUCUUGAUCGUCGGUCUCUUCAUGCACGUUCUCGUCAGAAAGGGGAAAGCAAGCGAAGCAACAAAGAUUCUGAUGAACCUCUUUGUCGCCAUGUUGAUCCUGAACUUGUCCUUCUUGACCAAUGAGAGCAUUUCAAAUCUGGGUAUCGAAGGUGCAUGUGUGGCAAUAGCAGCAGUUCUGCACUACGGGAUGUUGGCCACUUUUACCUGGUUCUUCAUGCAGGCUUUACACUUGUACCUCAGUCUACGUCGAAUCUGCACUGAAGUGAAACAUUACAUGCUGAAGAUUUGCAUCACAGGAUGGGUCAUACCGGCUGUGGUGGUGAUCGCUCUUCUUGCCUCCCAGAAAUAUAAUUCUAUUAAUAUUAAUACAAAUGAGGGGAAAGCAGCAACAAUGUGCUGGAUCUCUGAUGCUGGUAUCCACCAGGGGGUCAACAUUGGUUAUUAUGCUGUAGUGUUCGUCUUCACUCUGAGUGUAUUCAUUCUAACUGUAAGGCAAAUUGUUCUAAUGCCAAAAGCAGGAAAGGCCCAAGACAAUAUUUCCAUUAAGAGCAACACUUCCACCAUUCUGAGCCUGUUCCUCCUUCUUGGCAUCACCUGGGCUUUUGCUUUCUUCAGCUACGGACCUUUGCUCAUCGCUUCCUACUACAUCUUUACCAUCCUCAACUCCUUUCAAGGUUUCUUCCUGUUCAUCUACUAUUAUAAAUCCAGCAAGAUUAUUGGAGACAGCAAAAUCCACACACAAAGUAGCAGCACAGCUACAUCAAACACAGCUGUAACGUCUCCUUAUGCAUAAGGCUUGCUGUUUUACCAUAUUUUGACACAAGAGGGCAGCAUUUUAUUUCAUAUAGUUCCAGCAGGUUGCUCUGUGUAGAAACAACUUGGUCAUUCUUCCCAUGUGCUCUCCGCUGAAUGGCUUUUCUGACAUGAAAGCACUAACCCAGAUUACCUUCUUUGAUGCAAAUACUGUGGACUAGAGCUCGAGUCAGUACUCUGGAAGUCAUUUCAGAGCACGACUCUAUGUUUGUUCCCAUGCUUUUAUAUUUUAACAGACAAACUUGUCUUACUCACGCCAAAUAAUUCAUAGAAGGCUGUGAUUCAGUCAGAAUACGCAACCACAAUUGUAAACAUGUCAGGAUGUUAAGGUGUAAAAUGUUAAAGUGGGAAAGUGAAACAUGUCAAAGACAUAAGGACAUUUUCACUUUGAUGGCAGUAACACCUCUCAAAAAGUUGGGACAGGGACAUGUUGACAACCCGCUUUCACGUCAAAAAGUCGUCAUAAAUAAGUCUCCAAUAACACCAGAAAAAGUCGCCAGAUUUGUCGCUAGUUGCUUUUUAGAAAAAGAGUCGCUAAAACUCGCUAAAUAUAGCGACAAAGUCGCUAAGUUGGCAACACUGGUGCUACUGCUGUUGCGAGUGUAACUACCGCCCCCUCAGCUCAGGGAGGGGCGCAAACACAAGGCUUUGUUUGCCGUCUCUGCUCAGCGCAAACACAAGGGUGACUUGCAGCAUAAAGUGAAAGAGAGGGCAAGAGAAAGAAAAAAAACAAAAACCCACGGCUCCCAAUAAGGAG